AUGAGUCCAAAAAAUCUUGUACUGGCAAAUAAGGCUGACGACAGUUCCAAACCUCGACGCACAGACUCACACCGGCUGUCAACGCUCGAGGGCGAACGGACCGAGCUGAAGCUGCACUCUGUGGAACGAGGAGGAGGCGAUCGAUUGAUCGAAGUCAGCCGAGGAGGCAGCGGCGUUCGGAGAGCAGAAGCGUGCCUCAUUCCACUGUGA